AACUUGCACAUACACUCUGUAAAUCUGUUUUUUAUGGAAAACUGGCUAGUUGAGACAUAAAAAGUGUUAGAAGAUGGUGGGGUCAGAAGAGACCACAAUUCAACUCCUUUACUUCCAGUCAAACAAAUAUUAAUCCUCAUUAUGAACCAAGUUGGUCAUGCUGUUGGGAUGUUUUUUUGUUUGUUUUUUUUAGCAAAUACAAGAAAACUAGUAAAAGUCCAAGCCCAGCUAAUGACUAUUAAAGAUAGUCCAAUCUGUUGGACUGUCCAUGCAGUCCAACAGAUGCCGAUUUUUCUCAUUGAUGUUGGGGAUUAAGAUUAAAGAAUGAAUAAUGCUUAUAUUUUUCGCUCAACUUGAAAAUCAGAUUUUUAGAAAUGCAUGCGGCAUUUCCAGAUGCCACAUUGACCUACUUUUGUUUUUUUUUUUUAUUGGAAGGUUUUUAUACAAAGUUGAAAACUUCUAAAGACCAAAAAUAACCAUAUGAACAUGAUGUUUAUUGUAAAACUACACAGAUUCCUAAUGUUUAUCGUCAAAUUGAAAAGAAAACAAAUGAACGGCUUUCCUUUAGAGGAAAGAUUUUAAAAAAAUAUAUACAUGAGAAGGGGAAAAAAAUAAAAGAAUGAGCGAAUGCAUUAAACAUGGCUUAAAGGAAUCACACUUGAGGAAAAACAGCCUUUUAGACCCUCCUUGACAAAUAUUUGUUCUCCCUAUCCUGCAAGCCCUUUGGAUUGGGUGGGCAGUGUGACACGUCCCUCUUCAGAUCUUCUCAUAUGUGGAAGUGGGCGAUCUUCUGCAGAGCGGAGCAGGAUACUGCAGAAACCCUGACCCUGAAAAGACACACACAGACCUGGCUCUGCUAAAUUAUCUAAAGAUGAAGCCUUUUCCCUGCAGCUUUCUCUUUUGUGUUUCGCUGCUGUUUUCUGACGUUGCACAUGCAACCUACCACCUCAAAGCCGGAGAUCACCAGCUGAAAACCGCACAAAGUUAUGCUCAGACCAGACACAAUGCUCAACCAGUACUCAGGACCUUGAAUCUAGCAAAUCACAGAAGUGAUUACACGUAUAGAGGAAGGUAUCACUACCACUACCUGCCACCGAGGAUCCCUCCACCGGUAGUGUAUCGACCUCUUCCUCUAUCUCCACCAGUGACUUACCACAGGCCCCCGGUCCCCAUGUUGCCCUAUCACCACAGGUUCAAUGGGCCAGCAGCACCACACCUGCAUCACACAUACAGAGGUUUAUCUCCACCAGUUGCUCAACCACAUCCCCAACACAGAGUCAAAGGCCCAUGGCCGUACAAACCAAAAGAUCCAUGCCCUACAAAGUCAGCACCAGCAGCACCUAUUUUAAUCCUCCCCACUCUGCCAAGACAUACAGUGAGGCCAACUUUCCCUGCAGCUACAGAGGCACCAGUGACAUUCAUCAUGACCACUGCGUCACCAGUGGAGACCCCUACUCUUUGGAAGCAACCGGUCAGUACCCAAAGCGGCCUCAUCACCACCAUCAGUCCUGUGGAGACAGAGACAGACUCUCCGUGCAGGAGUCGCCCCCUGGACCUGGUCUUCAUCAUUGACAGCUCUCGCAGUGUUCGUCCUGCUGAGUUUGAGAAGGUCAGAAUCUUCCUGGCCAACAUGGCGGACACCCUCGAUGUGGGCUCAGAUGCGACAAGAGUGGCUGUGGUCAACUAUGCCAGUACAGUCAAGAUAGAGUUCCUGCUCAAGAACUACUUCAACAAACUUAACUUAAAGAAAGCCAUCGCCCGAAUUGAGCCCCUUGCGACUGGCACCAUGACCGGCCUCGCCAUCAAGACAGCAAUGAAAGAAGCCUUCACCGAGCAGUCUGGAGCUCGACCUCGCUCCGGGAACAUCUCCAAGGUGGCCAUCAUUGUGACUGAUGGGAGGCCUCAAGACCAUGUGGAAGAAGUGUCCGCUGAGGCCCGGGCCUCAGGCGUAGAGAUCUACGCUGUGGGUGUGGACCGUGCAGACAUGCAGUCCCUACAGCUGAUGGCCAGUCUCCCUCUGGAGGAACACGUCUUCUAUGUGGAGACCUACGGCGUUAUCGAGAAACUCACCUCCAAGUUCAGGGAAACCCUGUGCGGUCUGGACCCUUGUGCCACGGGACAUGACUGCGAGCACAUUUGCAUCAACAGCAAUGCAUCCUUUUACUGCAAGUGCCAGAUCGGUUACAUCUUGAAUGCAGACAAGAAAACAUGCUCCCCAAAACAGGCAAGGGCGGAGGUGGUGGAGGAUCCCUGCAAAUGCGAGGCCAUGCUGGUUUUCCAGAGGCAGACGCAGGCAACCAUCCAGCAGCUCACAGCCAAGCUAGCUGACAUAUCCGGGAGAAUAGAGCAUCUGGAGAACACGUUGGGCCGUGCAUGAAGCUUUGCACACUGGAGCAGACCACUUCUGUGGGCUACUGCGUUCACGGACAUCAUCUGCAACUUCAUCAGAACAGAUUUUGUCCAUCAACUAAAGCUGUGACACAAAAUUCAGCAAUUUGCAUCACAUGUUAUGUUUAAAAACUAUUGUUUAUGGAACUAAUAUUAAGCUUUAUGAUUUAAAAUGAAAAUGUUAAUUUCUUUAGUCAAAUGUUUGACUAAAGAUCUCAUCUUUUAUAU